UCGAUGCAUCGAUGUUUUUCCACCUCUAAAUAAUAUACAAAUAAAAAAAUACACAGUAAGUCCGCUUAAAAGGAAGCUUGCUGCAAGGUUGUCAACUCCAACUCCAUGUGCUUGUACAAUGAUAAACUACAUUAGAGAUACAAUUAUGGCGCCGUCAACACGCAGUUGCAGCAACAGCGUCAAGACCAACAACAGCAGCAGCAAACAAAGGGCCACAAAGGAAGACGGCUCUUCCUCGUCCAAGGAAAUUCCACCUGCUCCAAUGCGGGGCUACAAGAUUACUGAUAAUGAGCGGUCAAGGAAAUAUGGAAUUGGAGCCAAUUCAUUGGAAGUUCUGCUAACCAAAGCCAAUAACAAGUUUCCGCGGCAGGACCUGCACAUCUAUCUAGCCUCUGAUGGCUUUGAGGUGUCUGAUGAUGAGUAUUUGAACAGCCUGCCCGCCCAGACGUUGUUCAUUGUGGCUGGUCCAGAUGCAGUCAUAACAACAGUAUUCUUGAUAGAUGCCGACUUUGAAUUUGAGAAAAUGCGCCAGCAAUCGCCCUUGCUGAAGGUGGCAGACAUCUUCUAUGACUUUAUAGAACAGCAUCCGGAGAAGUUCCGACGUAUGAUCUCGGACUAUGAGCACCAGAAGCAGCGACUGGUCCUGGACAACAGCAAGGCCCAUCUAAGCUUGAAGGACGAGCACGUGGAAUGGUUCGAGGGCGGCGAGGAGCGCUUUCACUCCAAGGAAGAGGCCAUGGCCGUGCGUGCCCAGACACGUGUGCGCGGCUACUACUAUAAGGCCAAGGAGGAGCUGACACGCAAUCCGUUGUACAGGCAAAAUCCCAAGGCCCGGCAAGUCAUCAACUCGGUGCUGGAGCAAUUUCGCUAUCUACUCAUCGGCUGCGACUAUUUCUCAAUGAUGUUCAACAGAAAAUGCGAACAAAAACACGACUUCCUCCAGCAGCAUCGGCAGCAGACGGGUGAUGAGGAGCCCGAUGCCGGAAGUCUUCCAAGCAAGAGACUAAGGCAGCUCAUCAAGGAGUACACUAAGCAGCAUUCCAUACUCGAUGAUUGGUCUGUUUCGCUGUGCACCGAUCUGGGGGACUUCUAUUGCCAGGGCGCGUAUUCGGAUAAUGGCAACUGCUGCUCCCUGCAGCACACCAUCAAUCCGUAUGCCUCGCGCGAGAAUCUCAUUUUGUUUCAGGUGUGGAAUCUGGAUCAUCAAAUUGAACUCUCUCGCACGAUUCUGCCCGCCAUGGUAGCCAACGUCGAGGAGCUAGUCACCAAGCCGCAGCUCAAAUGUUCGUUUCACAACAAGCGUGUAGUAGACAUCUCUGUUUUAGAGUACUUUCUCGAAAUAUUCUCCCUAAAGAACCUUAAACUCGUGCACGUUGUGUGCCACGAAAAGGUGCAACGCUCAAACCGCUCAAAUGGUCGCCUGCUCUGUCCGGAUUGUCAUGAAUACCGGAUUGUGCAAGAGCUCAUGGAUUUGCAGGGAGCAAAUAAAACCACGUCUUAAAAGGUUCGAUUUGACAGCAGUUACCUAUCCAAGCAAUACUAUAAACAAUAACUGAAGAUAUAUAUAUAUAUGUAUAUAUGUAUACAUAUAUACGCCAAUUUGUUAUGUAGAUUAUUUGAUUAUGCUCUGUUUACUAUAUAAUCGACAAUUUUAAACAGUUGUUGUUUCUAUUUGAUAUAGUGCUAAUUUGUUAUUGGUUUGAAAAGUGAAUUGUACAAAUCAAAAGUAUCUCAAAGUUAACUAUCGAGGGAAACGUAGUGUUGAAAAAGUAUUUAUAGAAUAUAUGUAUGCAUAACCAUGCAUUUAAUGUUGCAAAUGCUAAGCAAACUACUAUAACUAUGUGGCAAUAUAUUGUAUUGAUAUCUAGCUUUAAAUGUUUAUUGACUGUAACGCUUGUAGUUGAAAUUUGAGUGCGUUUUGUUGGCGUUACAAUCGUUCAACAUGUCCACUCUAUGGAUCAGAUCAUAUAUUGUAUGUGCCAAGAGUCUAGCUUGCAAAGGGUACCAUACUAUACAUAUAUACAACUACAUAUACAUACAUAUAUAAUAUAUACAUAUAUCGAAUUUAAAUUGAGUUCAAUUUAAGAUAAAUAUAAAAUUAUACAAAGGUUUUUGCUACACUCGGCUUCUCUGUACCUUAACUGAACUCCUACUGUUUCAUCCACACUCCAUAACAUUAAGAACUCUACUCAAAAUCUGGUCCCUAUAAAGUUUCUGAAAAUAAAAGACAGUUGUACUAUUA